AUGAUCCAUUCUGGUCGACUAGCGAAACAACCUGCUUACGCAGAUGAGAAAUUUCCUGACGAGCUGCAGUCCGCUCGUCACGAAAAGAGCGAAUCGAACGUCCGCUCUCAAGUUGCGCAAACACAAACGCGGCACUACAACGAUCGUGCGCUAAGGAAUUGCAAUCGUCCUUUACUAGUUCAUGGAGCUCGUAACGCCGAGUUCGAUCAUGAGCCAGGUCGUCGUGUAACUGUUCCGUUACACGGUUCAAUUUUUAAACAACUGGCUGAUCAGAUCCUCGAGCCGGAUCAGAUGCUUCCGACCCCACAACAUCCUUUGCUGGAGUCUGGCGGUGUUCAACGCGUUCUGGUAGAGCGUAUCUUGAACCACCGCGACGUGUACCACGCCAGCAGACGAGGCGUCCGUACGAGUUACCUCGUCCGCUGGCGUGGCAAUUCACCGGCCUGGGACAGCUGGGAGCAUCACGCUCAGCUGAUCGUGGAUAGUCCGGGUCUCGUCGAGGAAUCUGUAGAGACCCACCCGCUGCGCAUGAAGAAGGGCCGUUGGAAAAUGACCUUCCCGAACGCGAGUACAUGGAUUGCAAAGGUCAAUCCCUUCGGCCAUCUCAGAAAAGAUGCGCGCCCUCCAGUAGAAACAUAUAAUGACCUCCCUAUGGGCAAGAUUUGCCUUGUCCAGAAACCCUGGACAUGA